AUGUCGCUGCUCAAAUUCACAAAUCUUACCGCGGCAGUUUUAGUCAUCGUAGUUUUUGGAUUGACGUCAGCUGCACAGUCAGUCGAUAAAGAUGUCGAGAAUCUUCGCAAGCAUUUGGCGGAAAUUCGAGCCAUUACCGAUGAGGCCCACAAUCCGUGUGAUAAUUUUCCCAAAUAUGCCUGUGGUAAUUACCACAAUGCGUCGGGUGGGGGGAAUUAUCCCAACGAUCGAGUCUAUUUCUCCGAAAUCGCUGAUGAACUCAAUCGAUUGAAGGAAAUCAAACUCCAGUCCACACACAAGGCAAAGGACUUUUUGGAAUCCUGCAUGAAGCAUCAGAAUCCCAAGAACAUUCUCCAGAAAGUUGAGGUUUUCCAGAAUCCAACACAAUUCAAGUUGGCCAGGACUUUGGGAAUUCUCAAGACUUCAGGUAUCAAUGCAAUUCUCCUUUCCAACAUCAAUGCUCUCGAUGAUAAAAAAGUCCGAAUCAACAUCAAGCUGGAUGAGAAUCUCUUCUUAUCGAAUGCUUUCAGCGAAAGAAUCGUGAAACGUAACCUCGAGCUGAUGGAAGUCAAACCAGCUGAACGCAUGGAUGCCGAGAAGAAAAUUAAUGCCUUUAUCCAGAAAGGAAAAUCCAUCCUUACCAGUUCGAGGGAGAAGGCUGUGGUCGGAAGUGAUUUGAAGGCACUGAAGAACUUCGAUUGGGAUGAAUACCUGAACGAAUUGAAGAAAAUGCCCAAGGUCAGUCAAGCAACUCUCGAAUUUGUCCUAGAAGACGUCGUCAAUCUGCAGAAGAUCAUCGAUCUCGUCCAUGAGACCGAUCUUCAAGCCCUGCGUCUGGUCACUGCCCUCGAAUUUAUGGCCGAAGUCAUCGACACUGAGUGCGACAUGGUCGUAGACUACUUCAGGUUACCCCUGUUCGCCGAGUUCUAUCGUAUGUACUUCACAGACUCCGACCGAUCUUUUAAUCUGGUGGUGCUGAAGGAGUUUGAAAAAUCUCACAGCGAAAUCAAAUCUAAACUGGAGAACGUAGGUGGAGGAGGUCUCUCAAGAGUUCAAGAAAAACGCAAAAUACUGGAAAGCAUGAAUCAAAUUUUGGACGGCAGCAAAAUCGACGCCGAUUACAAGGAUGUCCUCAUCGAAAAGGAUAACUUCUAUCAGAAUUACUUGUACGUGGCUAGAAACAAAAUUCAGCGGUACCUCUCCAAGGCAAGCUCAAAGAGUGACCAAUCCGAAGACUACCUCAUGAAUAUCCUAAAUCCGGUGAAUAGGAACAAACCAGUUUUCUAUCACUUCGCAUCCCAGGGACUCUACUUGUGGGAGUUGUUCUUCCGCGAGAGUCGCCCCAAGUACUCCUACGACCAACUGCGUGAUUGUCUAGAUGAACAGCAGGACAAAUACAGAUUGUUCGAGUUCAACGAUUUGGACUACUUCGAGUAUGUGGACGCCUUUGCUGCCAUGAAGCAGACUUAUUUGGACUACAAGCGCUAUUGGGAUCAGGAGUACGACUCUGCUCACAAGCUGGACAACAUCUUCAAGGAGUUCCAUUUGACCAAUGACCAAGCGUUCUUCUUGAAUCUAGCUCAGAGGGAGUGUGCCCGAGUUGACAAUGGAAAGAAUAUUCCCUUCAGAAUACUUUUGAAUCUGGAAGAAGCCAGCAAGGUCUUCAGUUGUCCCAUUGGAAGCCAAUUGAAUAUUGAAGAAAAGUGCACCGUGUGGUAG